CGAUUACCUUGCGGGACGGAGCUGCCGGUAUUGCGCCGCCUUGUUCGCCGUCAUCCCCGGUAAACCGGUCAGACAAGUCGGUGUAAGAGUGUGUGCUCUUCUGGGGGAGCCACCACGGCUAAGGCACCGAGCGAGAGACUGAAAAUCUCCUCUCAGCUGCAGCCAAAGGCUUUGAGGAGCCAUGAUGAGGAAAAUCAUUGAGGUCAUCCUGCUGUCGUCGCUGCUGUUCUUCGCGGUGCACGCGAGGGGAAAACCCCACAGCCCGCCGGGGAAGCCCGCACUGACCAGCUGCCGUUCUCCCGAAAAAGAGACCUUCACCUGCUGGUGGGAGCCCGGCUCUGAUGGGGGGCUGCACACUACCUACGCCCUGUACUAUCGCAAAGAAACCUCUGAGAAGGUGUACGAGUGCCCGGACUACCGCACGGCCGGAGACAACUCCUGCUUCUUUAACAAGAACCACACAGCAAUCUGGGUCCUCUACAACAUCACAGUAGUGGCCACCAAUGCGAAGGGCCAGGCCUUCUCCGACCCCUGGGAAAUAGAUGUGGUGAACAUUGUCAAGCCUCAUCCUCCAGAGAAGGUAACGGUGACUGUAUUGGAGGACAAGCGCUGGCCCUUCCUCCGGGUGUCAUGGGAACCUCCGCAUAAGGCUGACACCCGCUCGGGUUGGAUCACUCUCAUCUACGAGCUCCGCGUCAGGUUGGAGGAGGAGAAUGACUGGGAGAUGCACGUUGCAGGCCAGCAGAAGAUGUUUAACAUUUUCAGCCCGCAGUCAGGUGGUAAAUACCUUGUCGAGGUGCGCUGUAAACCUGAUCAUGGCUUUUGGAGUGAAUGGAGCUCCACUUCCUACAGCAAAGUUCCUGAAUAUUUUCAUCGUGAGACAUCAGCGUGGAUCCUCAUUACAGUCUUUUCUACCUUCACCUUCCUCAUCCUCACGUGGUUGCUACACAUGAACCGACACAAUCUGAAGCAUUGUAUUCUGCCGCCCGUCCCUGGUCCUAAAAUAAAAGGAUUUGAUAAGCAGCUUCUCAAGAAUGGCAAAUCUAACGAGAUCGUCAGUGCACUGUUGGUGCCCGACUUCCCUCCGACUGCAUCAUCUAAUUAUGAGGACCUGCUGGUGGAGUGCUUAGAGGUUUACGUCCCCAAGGAGCGGCAGGUGGUGCUGGAGGAAAGCAAGGAUCUACACGACGGUGGCAUCAAAUCGGAGAACUCCACAUCCGACAGCGACUCCGGCCGAGGCAGCUGCGACAGCCGCACUCUGCUGAUGGACAAGUGCGACGAGGCGAAGGAGGAGGAGGAGGAGGAGAGGCAAACGGAUCUGGAAAGCGGUCGCAUGCAGUCGCAGGUACAGAGGCGCCUGAAGGACUGGGAGGAGGAAGCGUUGACCUAUGCUCAUGGAGACUCGAUCAGCCCUGACAUGUCCAGUGGGAGGGUGAAGACCUGGCCCUCUGUGUUCUCUCCACUGCCCCAGUACAGCUCAAGCCCGCUGGACCAACAGAGCUCACUUGAGAUGUCGAAACAGCAUUCCCUCUCCACCUCCUCCUACCUCACCGGGCCCGGCCACGGCGCCAGGGAGGCUCUAGGACAGAACUACUUUUUCUUGAGCAGCAAGCAGCCUCAUUUGCUCAAUCCCCACACGCCGGUCGCCCGAGAACUCCAGGUCCACAGCGACGUCGACAUCUCCAGAGUCGGCCUCAAACAGGCUCCUGCUGGUCUGCGGUCGCCCGCCCCCCGCACCACCGAGUACGUUGAAGUCCAGAGGGUCAACCAUGAGGAUAUGGUGCUUCUCCAGCCCGUUGUGUCGGGCUGCGGCCGCACGGAAGGCCGCUCCCAGAUGCCCCAGGGGGAGGUCUACAGCAAGGUGAAGUCGGUGGAUAGUGAGAACAUAUUGCUGCUCCAGAGAGAGGGGAUGGAAGAAGACUGGUGUCCUUCUGUGGACCAGGAGACGAAUGAAGAGACUGGGAACUGCUACGCAUCGUACACAGUUAGCGCUACGCAGAAGCCUUCAGCCUGCAUUUACACUGCCAUGCCGAUACAGGACGAAACGGCCCUGACAGUGAAUGGCUAUGUUGACACUGCUACCAUGUGCACACUGAACACUUGCUAGGUGACCCGUAAGCCCAACUGGCAGGUCUAGGACACUGCAAGACCUGUUUUGAGGAAAAAAAGACAAAAACUAGAAGACUCAGACAUUAAGUAACAACUUCUUCUCACGUAUGAUACGUAUUUUCUCUAAUUACACUGCAGUUACACGUUUUGAGAA